ACAUGACUAAAGUCCUUCAUUAACAGCCUGCAGUGUUCUGCUCUGGUAAGUUGAGAUUUAUUCUCAGUUUAUGAAUAAAUCCGAGUCUCAUUUUCAGCACUGUGAAAGGAAGUGAUGAUUAACUGAACCUACAAAGUCAUCUAUUUAACUUUAAAGAAACCUGAAAUCAGGGUGUGAUUACUUUUUACAGAAGUGAAAGUGAAACUCUGAGCAUUCAGACUAAAGAGAACAACAACAGCAGCAAAAUAAAAUGGCUUCUAAGUUUUCAGAGGAGGAUUUAUCCUGUCCUGUGUGCCGUGAAAUCUUCAAGGAUCCUGUUUUCCUGCACUGCAGUCACAGUGUGUGUAAAGUGUGUUUGCAGCAGUUCUGGGAGACCAAAGGAUCCAGAGAAUGUCCUCUUUGUAGGACGAAGUCAUCUGUGACUGAGCCUCCCAUAAACCUGGCCUUAAAGAACCUGUGUGAGACUUUGUUACAGGAGAGAAGUCAGAGAUCUUCAUCAGGGUCUGAAACCGUCUGCAGUCUGCACAGUGAGAAACUCAAACUCUUCUGUCUGGAUCAUCAACAGCCGGUGUGUGUGGUGUGUCGAGACUCAAGAAAACACACCAACCACAAAUUCUGCCCCAUUGAUGAGGCAGUAACAGACUGUAAGGAGAAGCUCAAAACUGCACUGAAGCCCCUACAGGAGAAACUGAAGAUCUUUAAAGACUGUAAACUGAACUGGAGUCAGACUGCAGAACAUAUAAAGAUUCAGGCCCAAUACACAGAGAGUCAGAUUAAGGAGGAGUUUGAGAAGCUUCACCAGUUUCUACGAGAUGAAGAGGCAGGCAGGAUCACUGCACUGAGAGAGGAAGAGGAGCAGAAGAGUCAGAUGAUGAAGGAGAAGAUUGAGAAGCUGAGCAAAGACAUAUCCUCUCUUUCAGACACAAUCAAAGCCAUAGAAGAGGAGAUGGGGGCUGAAGACGUUUCGUUCUUAGAAAACUACAAGGCCACAGUGAAAAGAGCCCAGAGCACACUGCAGCAUCCAGAGGAGCUUUCAGGAGCACUGAUCCAUGUGGCAAAACAUCUGGCCAACCUGCAGUUCAGAGUCUGGGAGAAGAUGCAGUACACCGUCCAAUACACACCUGUAACUCUGGACCCCAACACUGCUCAUCCUGUACUCAUUGUAUCUGAUGAUCUGAAAAGUGUGAGACGCAGCAAUGAGAAACAGAAACUUCCUGAUAAUCCAGAGAGAUUUGAUGAAUGUUGGUGUAUCCUGGGAUCUGAGGGCUUUAACUCAGGGACACACUGCUGGGAUGUGGAAGUUGGAGACUGUACAUGGUGGAAUGUGGGUGUGAUGACAGAAUCUGCUCAGAGGAAGGGGGGGAUAUUCUCCAGAAGUGGAAUCUGGUGUGUGGAGGGUUAUGAUGGUAAAUAUCGCGCAGGUUCGACACUACAUCCAGUCACUCAGCUCUCAGUCGCACAGAAACUCCAGAGGAUCAGAGUGAAGCUGGACUGGGACAGAGGAAAACUGUCAUUCUCCGACCCUCUCACUAACACACACUUACACACUUUCACACACACAUUUACUGAUAAAUUACUGCCAUUCAUGAAUGUUUAUGGUUCCAUAAAGAUCCUCCCACUUGAGUGCUCUGUAAGAGUGAAUCAGAUCAGUUAGCAUUGAUGUUAUUUUAUUCCAGUUCAAUAAUAAAAUACUACAGAUUAAAAAAUUAGUGUUCUUUGUGUAAGUGUCAUCGCCCCCCUGGAAACCCUGUAUUGACAGAAUAUCUUGAAAUAAUGAAUUAACUCAAAUAAUAAUAUGUCUUAAAAUAUAUUAUUAUAAUAUACUUUGAACGUAUGAGGAAGUCAAAAUAAUAAGUGAAAUAAUGAUACACUGUCUUGAAAUAACAAGGUAUUAACUCAAAAUAAUGACUUAGCGUUUAAUUAAAAUCACAAAAGAGUGUUUAAAUGCAGAAUGAGCUGAAAAGAUUAUUUAAUUUUAUUGAUGGAUUUUAAAUAGUUUUAAAUAAACUGAGAAUUUGAAAGCUCAUGUAUUUACUGUAUUUGUACUUGUUAGCGUUUGCUGUUAAUCUUGGAUGAAAUGUUUACUCCAUAUUAUACAGGUGCUGAAAACACACACACACACACACACACACACACCUUUUUACAUUCUGUUUUGAUGGAGCUAAUCUAAUUUAAUCAUUACAUUAGCAUGGAACUAGAUAACAUUUGCCGAAACCAAAGAAAUGAUAACUGUAAUUACAAAGUUCAUUAAUAAACAUGAAUAAGUUAAUAACA